AAUACAAAACCUUGUGGUUAAUUUCACAAAACACAAUUUAGUCAUAAUAAUACAUUUCCAAAUAAAAUCUGAUAAUGGAGGAAGAAAAAAAGGAUGAUCCGCCACCGGUUAAAAGGUAUAGACGUGAAGAAAAGUCAUCCGAAUCUGAGGAAGACCUGGAUAACUAUGAACCUUAUGUUCCCGUGAAGGAGCGUAAAAAACAACAGCUAUUGAAGCUUGGAAGAAUCGGACAACUCGCUGCAGAGGCUGCUGCAGAGCCUAAGAGCUCCAGUGAUAAUGAUCCUGAUGAUGAGACAUCCCAAGAAGAAUGGGGUCGACGUUAUAACGUCUCCCUGCUAGACCAGCACUCGGAACUGAAGAGACUAGCGGAGGCCAGGGCCCUGUCUGCAGCAGAGCGGCAGGCGAGGGAGGAAGAACAUAUAUUGGAGAGUGUUGCACAGAGCAAGGCUUUGAUGGGAGUUGCAGAGUUGGCUAAAGGUAUUCAAUACGAGGAACCAAUAAAGACAUCAUGGCGUCCGCCACGCUGUAUCUUAGAGUUACCGGAGGAACGACACGAGAGGGUCCGGAGGCAGCUUAGGAUACUAGUGGAGGGCGACGAUGUACCGCCUCCCAUUAGAACGUUCCAGCAUAUGAAGUUUCCUAAAGGAAUCCUUCGAGGUUUAGAAGCUAAAGGUAUAAAGAAACCGACACCAAUUCAAGUGCAAGGCAUCCCAGCAGUGCUCAGCGGUCGAGACAUGAUAGGCAUAGCAUUCACCGGGUCUGGCAAAACUCUAGUGUUCACACUACCUAUCAUCAUGAUGUGUUUGGAACAGGAGAUCAAGAUGCCGUUCAUCAAAAACGAAGGACCAUACGGUCUAAUAAUAUGUCCGUCCCGAGAACUGGCCAAACAAACACACGACAUUAUACAGCAUUUUGUGAAGCAACUGAAAUUGUGCGGAAAUCCUGAAAUACGAAGCUGUUUGGCUAUUGGAGGUAAGCAUCCGAACUACUUGUAG